UGAGAGGGAUUUAUGUCAAUAGCCCCACCUCCUAUGAGUGCUUUAUAUCCAUAGCUCCUCCCCCUGAUGAGUGGAUUUGCUGUGAACGAUGCGGUGGUUGGUAAAGGCGUUCUGAGCUCUCGAAUUACGCAGCCAAAGUUGGGAGCAGAGGCGCGCGUUGGAGAUUUUUUUUUUUCUGGUGAUUUACCAAAACACUAAACGAACUGUCACUGCGCGCGCUUGUAGAUUGUGUUUGCGCCUGAAAUUUGUUGGCAAUACAUUCCUCUACUGUUUCGAGGACAGGGCGCGCCACAGGUACGCAAUUUGGGCUUUCUUUAAAAUAUCAGGCAUAAGCAUAACAUUAUGAGGUGCAGCCAUGGCAGGCAAGGGUAAGACAGCAGCGAGGACGCUGGAGGAUUUAACCCUCGAUUCCGGUUAUGGUGGAGCGGCGGAUUCCUUCAGGUCGUCCAGCGUGUCGCUCUGUUGCUCGGACACGCAUCUGUCGUAUGCGCAUGGGGGCAACUGCUGGCAUUUGACUGAAUCCAUGCACAGCAGACACAAUAGUUUGGACACGGUCAAUACAGUCCUGGCGGAAGACACGGAGAUCCUGGAGUGCUCGGGCCAGUGCGCCAAACUGCCCGAGCUGGAGGAGGACGUGCCGUGGAGUCUUGGAGAGGUGGAAGGCGCGCUGCGCAAAGACGAGGAGCUGUGCGUGGGGAACGCGUCGCGGGAGAUCCUGGCCAAGCUCUCCGCGCUGGUCAGCCGCGCGCUGGUCAGGAUCGCCCGGGAGGCGCAGCGCCUCAGUCUGCGUUACGCCAGAUGCACCAAGCACGAGAUCCAGAGCGCCAUCAAGAUGGUCCUCUCGUGGACCAUCUCCGUGAACUGCAUCACUGCGGCGCUCAGCGCACUGUCGCUAUACAACAUGAACACGGGCGAUAAAUUCAGCCGGGGCAAGUCUGCCCGAUGUGGACUCGUCUUCUCCGUCGGGAAGUUCUUCAGGUGGAUGGUGGAUAGCCGGGUGGCCCUGCGCAUCCACGAGCACGCGGCGAUUUACCUGAGCGCCUGUAUGGAGAGCCUGUUCCGAGAGGCGUUCAGCCGGGUGCAGAGGAGCGCGCUGGUGGAGAAGGAGAACGGAGUGCCAAAGUUUUCAGUGGAGUCCCUGGAACAGGCCAUAAAUAACGACUCGGAGCUGUGGGGUCUUUUGCAGCCGUAUCAGCAUCUCAUUUGUGGCAAGAACGCAAGCGGUAAAUGUUUUACACUUUUUUCAAGGUUACACUUUAUUGUAAGGUGAAAUGCACCUGAACUCAGUCAAAAACCUAUUUUGAGGUCAGUCAGCAGUUGUUCUACCCAUCUACCUACUUACCUCCUACUUACCUUCUUUUUUUGAUAGCACAAUUGAAAGUGUGUUUCAUAAUAGCUGCCAACAUGCAUC